AUGACACAAUUCAUCCCAACCCCUCCAACGCCCUCAAAACCCGGCUCGUUCCCUCCCACACCAUCUAGCACCAAGAUCCCCAUCGCCCCACCCCCCUGGACCCUGCGCGCCAAAUCCUGGACAUUCCUAUACACCGAUCCCCCAUCGUCCUCACCAGAUCCACCCCAAAACCCCAACAACACGCCCCAAAUCCUGCAAGACAACCUGCCCGCAGGCUCCUACCACCCCCUCGAAACAAUCCACGCGUCCGCACUCGAACGCCUCGCCAAUGGAUCCCCGCAAUACCAAAAAUCCUGGCUAAAAGCAGUCAUGAUCAUCCGCUACGAAGAAACAGACAUCGGCCCGUAUGACGAACUGAUUCUCGUCCCCGGGCGCGCAAUGAACCCCUCCACGGGGAAGGCCGAGAUGCGGAUCUCCAACAUCUACGUGUCCACCGACGCGAGUGUGUGGAAUGGGAGGCGGAAUUGGAGUACGUCCUCGUCCCUUACCCCUUCCUCUCCUACACCUCCAUUCAGUUCCAGGGUGAAUAAGGCUAAUGGAUGGGUGGUGCGAGCAGACAUCCCCAAACACCGCGCAACCUUCAUCUUCACGCCCCUCCCCCACAGCAACGCCACAGAACUCCGCGUGUACCAUCCCCCAAACACCCCAGCGCCCCUCGAUCCAAGUCGGCCCUUCUUCACGGUUCUCCUUAAGGACUCCGCUCUCCCAACCAUCCCCCUCCCACGACUGGCACCAAUUCCAAUCGUGCAGCCGCCGCUGGCUCGAUCGCGUUGGCCGCCUGGUAUACAGGACGCCGUUAUCGGCACGGACGAUCCCGAGAACGGGCGGGAGAAUCCGUGGUUGAGGAUCUGGCCGUCGUUUAAGGGGCGGUGGGGGCUUGCGUAUGCGGAUACUCUGCGUGACGAGGAGGGGGAGGAGGGGCUGGAGUUCUAUGGGGAUGGGGUGGGGUUUCCGCGGGUGAGGUUUCGGGCUGUUGGGGCGUAUUUUGAGGGGGUGGUGGGCUUUGGGGUUGCGGACGUUGUUGGUUAA